AUGGGGGUUCCAGGGAAGCUUCAAGUGGAUGGAGGAGUGUUGGAAUCCGAUGCCAAAAAAUGGGUCACUGCCGUUGAUCGUCACAAAGAUACAGAAACCUCCAUUAAUGAUAAAGAAGAAGACGAAGAAGAAUCAUGUUCCAGUUCCAUCACUCCAACGGGGCAGGAAGCCAGAAUUCCGACGUCGUUGACAUGUCCACCGCCUCCGAUGAAGAGAAAACCUACUAUGAAGUGUAAUUACGGGGGUGCUAGAGAGUUCUUUACUCCCCCGGAUUUGGACACUAACUUCAUACGCCGCUAUGUUUAA